UCAGUGAUAUAUGAAUCUAGUUCUACUUUUAGUUGGAGUGCUAUCUGUCCCCGGAGGGUGGGGCAACACCAUCCAGGAGCGCAAUCUAUUCGCCACGGAGCUGUUCCAGACCCUGGCCACGGACCGGCAGGACGAGAAUGUGAUCAUCUCGCCGGUGUCCAUCCAGCUGGCCUUGGGCCUGGCCUACUACGGGGCGGAGGGCAGGACCGCCACGGAGCUGCAGAAGACGCUGCACGCCUCGGCCAAGGAGAGCAAGGACGGGCUGGCCGAGACCUACCACCGACUGCUCCACUCCUACAUCAAGUCCAAGACGGUGCUGGAGAUCGCCAACAAGGUGUACACGCGGGAGAACCUCAAGGUGGCGUCCCACUUCCGGGAGGUGGCCCAGAAGUACUUCGACUCGGACGUGGAGGCGCUGGACUUCAGCCGCGAGACGGAGGCCGUCGACCGCAUCAACGCGUGGGUGAAGCAGGAGACCCAGGACAAGAUCGAGCGGGUGGUGGACAGCCUGGAGCCGGACACAAACGUGGCUCUGGUCAACGCCAUCUACUUCAAGGCCCGUUGGGCGCGGCCCUUCAACGAUGAGGACACCCGCGACCGCGACUUCUGGCUCGGCGAACGCCAGUCCAUUCAGGUGCCCACGAUGUUCGCGGACAACUGGUACUACUACGCCGACUACCCGGAGCUGGACGCCAAAGCCAUCGAGCUGUUCUUCGAGAACAUCAACAUGACCAUGUGGUUCAUCCUGCCCAACCAGCGCUCCGGCCUGCGAUCCCUCGAGGAGAAGCUGAAGGGCGUGGACUUCAAGCUGCUGGAGGACCGCUGGCAGUGGCAGAGUGUGUCCGUCUAUCUACCCAAGUUCAAGUUCGAGUUUGACACGGAUCUGAAGCCCACUCUGAACAAGAUGGGCAUCAGCGCCAUGUUCUCGGAUUCGGCUGACUUUAGCAACAUCUUCGAGGACUCGCCCAUUGGCACUCGAAUCAGCAAGGUGCAGCACAAGACCUUCAUCGAUGUGAACGAGAUCGGCUGCGAGGCUGCAGGCGUCAGUUAUGCCGCUGGAGUCCCCAUGUCGCUGCCCCUGGAUCCGAAGACCUUUGUGGCCGACCAUCCGUUUGUGUUUAUUAUACGCGACCAGCAUGCGGUCUACUUUACGGGACACAUUGUCAAGUUCUAGAUAUAUGUAUUCCCAU